AUAUAUUUCACUGAAACAUGAACUGCUGAAGUACCAGACUCUGCUGCUCUCAUUGGAAUUGUAAAACAGUUGAGGAUGAAACCUGUAAUAGUCGUUCAUGGUGGCGCCUGGGCCAUUCCAGAUAAAAUAGCAGAAGAUAGCAUAAGAGGAGUGAAAAAUGCAAUCCUGGAGGGUUUCAAAAUACUGGAGAAUGGAGGAAGUGCACUUGAUGCUGUGGAAUGUGCUGUGAGGUCUAUGGAAGACAAUCCGGUAUUUGAUGCAGGACACGGAGCAGUGCUGAAUGCUAAUGGUGAAGUGGAGCUUGAUGCAGUGAUCAUGGACGGCAAAACUCUGGCUGCUGGAGCAGUCUCCUCCAUCAGGAACAUUUCUAAUCCAGUGACAUUUGCUCGUUCAGUCAUGGAAAAGACGGACCAUGUCAUGCUGACUGACAGAGGUGCUAACCAAUAUGCCGACAGCCAGGGCAUUCCCAAGGUUGCCACAGAGGAGUUAAUUACAGAAGAUGAGAGAAAGGAGUGGGAGCAUUAUCAGAAGUACACAGACAGUGUGAAAACACUGUUUAAUUCACAGUUGGUCCAUGACACGGUGGGAGCUGUUGCCUUAGAUUGCAAUGGAAAUGUGGCCUGUGCCACCUCUACAGGAGGGAUCCGCAACAAAAUGGUCGGACGAGUUGGAGAUACUCCUAUUAUUGGUUCAGGUGGGUAUGCUGACAACCACAUUGGAGCUGUGUCAUGCACUGGCCAUGGAGAAUCUAUCAUGAAAGUUACCCUGGCAAGGCUCAUUCUCUUCCAUAUGGAACAAGGCAAAUCUCCAGAACAAGCAACAGAUGAGGCUCUCCAGUACAUGGCUGAAAGAGUGAUCGGCGCAGGAGGGGCGAUUGUCAUCAGCCCUGAUGGGAACUGGGCUGCAAGAUUCACCACUGAACGAAUGGCCUGGGCUUCUAUUAAGGAGGACACACUGUCAUAUGGUUUGAAUCCCAAGGAGAUGUUCAAUGAAAAAACGUUUAGAAUAGCUUCAUAAACAGAAUAACAUAUGUACCUUACUUUUUUUUUAGGAAGUAAGAGUUUCUAAACUGGUACAGCAUCAGUAUACUCCUAACAAAUUAUAAAAAGCCUCAUUGUCAGAUUGAAUGUCUUAUCAUUUGUACUUUUUAAACCUAGUUACAAUAGCAGCAAUCACUAUUUUAUACUCAUAACAAAUAUGAUAACAACAGAAGAUGUUAAUUAUGCUUCAAUUUAAAAGUGUAUUCGCUCAGAUUAUAAACCUUUCUUAAAUCCAAUAGCCUGUCCACACUACCUAAAUGAUUAUCACUUAGUUAAACCAUGCGAGUGCCAUUCACAAUUACACUUUCAACGUGUGGUGAACGCAUAUCAUGAGGCAGUAUGAAUAUGAUUUUAGUAACUAAUUAGUAUUAGUUUAUAUGCGAGUUUGGCAACGAUAUUGAAAUUGUAUAUCGAUAUUUUACACAUAUUUCAAUAUCGAUAAUAUCCAAGUCUUCCAAAACACAGAAAUAUAAUAACACAAUUGCAAUAGCAAACAUAUAUUGACGUUAAUUGAUAUGUACAUGAAAAGAAAUAACUUGCUUUAACUUAGGGGUGUUUUACUAUUUAUAUUGUUAUAUUGUUUUACUAUUUCAUCAUCAGCCACCUCAAAACCGAAAUAUUUGUGUACCUCACUGCGCAGACUUUAGCCAAUCCGGAAGUAAUUAAAUCAUCAGCUGCUCGGCAUGUGUAAUUGCUGACUCAUGAAACCACUAAAGGUAUUUAGUAUUGUGUCAUGGCAAAUUUUGCAUUGUUUUGAGAUACUUUUUAUGUUUUAAAAGUACAUCUCAUUUAUAAUACAGAAAAUUCACAUUUUAAAAAUACAUUAAUAAUCAUGUAAGUAAUGAACCGCUGAAGCAUGCGCAUAUCUCAUAGUAAUGCAAAACAGAUGGCCAAUGGUGCUCCUGCAGCAUGCAAAUAAGAGUUACCUCUGUGACUAUGCAGGAAAGUUAUUAUGUUUAAAUAAGUACAAUUUAAAUAAAUAAAUCUAUCUUUAAAAACUUGUAAUUAGUUUCAGCAUUGCUCUAUUAAACUGUCUCAUUUAGCAUAUACUGUUUGUGUGUCAUUGUAAUUAAAUUAGUGCAUAGUCAGUUUAUAAAAGUAUUCUCCAAACUUUUUCUGCCACGUGUUUGUAGUGUCAAAUAAAGACAAUGCAACAGCAGAAAUCAUCAUAAGGGCCCGCUGUUUAGAUCCUUGAAGAAUGAGAAGCCACGUAGUUUAGAGUAGGGUGUAAAGAUCAAAGUUCCAGUUCUGUUUUUGUUAUUGUUCAUUGUAGGUAUUAUGUCUAAUGCUUCUACUAAUACAUCUAAUACACAAUAAUUAUUAUUUUGUUUAUUUAGCAGACGCCUUUAUCCAAGGCGACUUACAGAGACUAGGGUGUGUGAACUAUGCAUCAGCUACAGAGUCACUUACAAAUACGUCUCGCCCGAAAGACGGAGCACAAGGAGGUUAAGUGACUUGCUCACACAAUGAGUCAGUGGCUGAGGUGGGAUUUGAACCGGGAACCUCCUGGUUACAAGGCCCUUUUCUUUAACCACUGGACCACACAGCCUCCUAAUUAACAAUGUUGUUUUACUUAUCACAAAACUGUUUAAGCACUAAUGUGUUAUAUACACAAAUGCAUUAUUUAUGUUUGACGAUUUUUCACAAUAAAUCAUGGUCAUAAUUGUCUGAAAUUGUUUGUGUGUUUUAAAACCGUUGAAUACAACAAAGGAAAAUAUGUAAACAAAAGGAUUUCAAUAAACCGCUCAUUUGCCGGAAAUUGAGAUACUGGUGUCCUGAAAUGUGAGGUCACUUGGUGCAAGUAGCGUAUACAAUGGUUAAAUAAUACUUUAGUGUGUGGUGUUUGCUUAUGAGACUGACCAUGAUUGGUAUGUAUAGGGUUUGUUGUAUAUUAAUAUAAAAUAAACUUGAUUAUACUGCGCUUGUAUUUUUAGCAGUAUAAGCAAUAAAAAGUAUGUCUCUGUGAGCGUACGUGAUUUAUUUUUUUAAAAUCCCAUGAUAUCGCAAUAUGGAAAUUAUUAUCGAUAUUGAACGAUAUCACAUCAAAAUAUCGAUAUUGGUGCCCAUCCCUAGUUUAUAUAUUUAUAAAUAUUUAACUAUAAUCAUGAAUAAAAUUACAUUAAAGUAAUAUAUUGUUUUGCGUGGCUUAUUUUGUAUAUAAAAACAGAUAGCUUCACACAUCCUUUAACAGGUAAACGUUUUUCCAUCAAACAAAGGAUUACUUGUAUUACAUCUAAUGUAUUCUGUCUAUUAAUUUGUCCAUGUGGCCGUAGAUAUGUUGGCAAAACCCUUAGAAUUAUCAAAACCAGAUUCAGCAAACAUAAAAGUGCAGUAAGGCACAAUGACCCCACAUCCCCCUGAUAGCCAGGCAUUUCAGUGAGUUUGCACAUAAUGUCAAUUCAUUAAAAUGCACAGGAAUAGAAACCGUUUCUGUAAGAUGUUGCUGUUAAAUUACUGCGAAGAGAAACUUUUUGGAUUUUUAAACUAAACACAUUAAUGCCCAAGGGACUCAAUGAAGACUUUGAAUUAUCUCCAUAUCUCUAGUUUGUUUAAUUUGACUUACUGUUUCGUUUUGGUAUGAAUGAGUGUCUUUACUGUUUAAUAUUCAAUAAUGACUGUUGUUAAUUGUUUAAUUGUAUGCAUUCAGCUCCAAUCUAUAUUAUCUGGGUUAUUAGUAUAACUCUUUUUAACCUUUGCUAGCCUAAGUAAUAUAUCGAUAUAUUGUUUGAUAAAUAGACAUUGUAUAAUAUGCCAUUCUUGUUUUGUUCAUGUAACGAAUGACAAGGAUUAUUUAAAUGUAAAACAUGUCGUGUUAUACUGAAUAUAAUAUUGAUUAUUGGUUGUAAAAUGAUUAACAUCUCUACUAACUGAUUAGUUAUACAUACUUAAAAGGUCCCAGUAUCACAGUAUCGCUGAUGAAGCCUAUGGGUGAAACAUGUUUUAAAAAAUGUUUUUAAUUUAAA